UAAAUUCACCACCCUGAAAAUGCUGAGUCUUUCCAUUAAAACCUAAAAUAUCGCUGGGGAAGAAGAUGAGGCCUGUGAAGUAAAUGCUAGCUAGAGGUCCUACAGUCUGUGGACAAAGCCAGAACUAGAUAGUUGCAUUUCAGGUCAAUCUGUGAAAAGUCUCUCCCUAUGGUAUCAAGCUGCCUGGUUAUAUAUCCUUUCUAAAACUAUUUAAUAAGGAAAACAGGAGAUAAGGGUGGCUCCCUGAUUCUUGUAAAGACUUUUGAAAAAUAUGGGAUUCCCAGAUGCUUGCUGGAAAUAAUGAGGAAAAUCUUGAACCAUGCCACACAAAGCAACCCUGAGUUGAGCAGACAAUACAACUGGAAAUUUUGUUCUUGAGCAUUUGUGAGCGCACAGAUUCAGGGAAAUGGGAAUCGAAUAUAGUGAUCCUUGAAGUGCCUUCAGGAUGAAUAUAAGAAUCACUGAGAUCCUCACUUCCUCCUCCGGUCUCACCUCCCUCGCUCCCCGCAUUCCCCACAGCUGGCGCCGGGAACCGCGAAGGGCUGGGAGGGAGCGCGGGCGGGGGCGGCUACCCUCCAGCGCAGCCGAGGGGCCAGAGCUGGGAGGCGGUGGAGAUGAGGCGAGGCUAGACAACCAGCGCCGGCGAAGAGCUCAGCUGCGAGCGCAGCGUUCCUCCUGGACCUGUUAAAUCAGACUCACGUGGAGAUCCGGAGGAUCAAACCCGGCCAUGUAACCCGCUGUGCCUACUGAGCUCCCCCUGAUGUGCCAGGAGCCGCAGGAACGCGCCCAGGACACCUGCUCUCUGGGAAACUUGUAGAGACAGAAAUGGCUAAACCGUAGGGCAUAAAGUGCCUCGACACGUAAUGGGAGCUGACAAUGGUGACCCCUAGUUCUCAGUGACUUACUGGGAUUUAAUUAAAAAUCAUCACUAAUGAUCCUUAUUUCUCAACCAGGAGGUCAAAAAUUAGGGGAGGAGGGAGAAGAAAACGGAGCAUGAGUGACAGACUAAAAUGAGAGUGAAUGAGAGCAAAUGAUGCGGCCCCCGCGCCCAGGUCACCCUCUCCCCACGUGCGCACACCCCCGGCGAACACUCCCCGGGAGGCCUAUGAAGCAGCCUCAGUAAAAGAAGAGGGAGGAAUAUAUAUCCUGAAGCUGGAAAAAACUUCCUUUGCUUUCUGAACUUUUCCGUUUGGUCUCCAGCAGGCAGGAGCGAGUCUGGCCAUUCCCCUUGCUUGCGUUCCUCCCAGACUGGUCUUGCCAUCCUCCUCCAAAGUAGACCUCCCUCCUUCUUCCCUUCCCCACUUGCUCCAACCCUCAAACAGCGAGGCCUUCAAUCCGUACAUCUCCCGGGCCGGAUAUCUCAGUUACAAAGUUGGAGAGGGAGUACUGAGUCCAGAAAGGACCACAGCGACCACCAGUGUGCCCAGCGGCUGUCCUAGGCUUGGUCCACACCUGAGCAGUUCCCUGGGUGCGACCCCUCUUCUCUCCCAGCCUCAGUGCUCAGACACUUGUGCUCAUCUAUCGCGCAGCUCCCUAGCGGCGAGAGGGGGAACGAGCACAGGGGGUGGAGAGUGUAAGGGUGCGCAGGUGGGAGGAACCCACCUCGGGAGCCCGGGAAACCCGGCCGUGCCACCGCCCCCAACUUUGUGGCGCCCUCCAACAGCGGCUGCAAGGAUGGAGCUGCCUCCCAGCAGCCGGGCGCUGCUGGACUCGCCGCUGGAUAGCGCCUCCCUAACCUCGCUGGACUCCAGCGUUUUCUGCAGCGAGGGAGAAGGGGAGCCCCUGGCGCUCGGGGACAGUUUCACGGUCAAUGUGGGCGGCAGCCGUUUCGUGCUCUCGCAGCAAGCGCUGUCCUGCUUCCCGCACACGCGCCUUGGCAAGCUGGCCGUGGUGGUGGCCUCGUGCCGGCGCCCAGGGGCCCUGGCCGCCGUGCCCAGUCCACUGGAGCUCUGUGACGACGCCAAUCCCGUGGACAACGAGUACUUCUUCGACCGGAGCUCGCAAGCAUUCCGCUAUGUUCUGCACUACUAUCGCACCGGCCGCCUGCACGUCAUGGAGCAGCUGUGCGCGCUCUCCUUCCUCCAGGAGAUCCAGUAUUGGGGCAUCGAUGAGCUCAGCAUCGACUCCUGCUGCAGGGACAGAUACUUCAGAAGAAAGGAGCUGAGUGAAACUUUAGACUUUAAGAAGGACACAGAAGAUCAGGAAAGUCAACAUGAGAGUGAACAGGACUUCUCCCAAGGACCUUGCCCCACGGUCCGCCAGAAGCUCUGGAACAUCCUGGAGAAGCCUGGGUCUUCCACAGCUGCCCGAAUCUUUGGGGUCAUCUCCAUUAUCUUCGUGGCAGUGUCCAUCGUCAACAUGGCCCUGAUGUCAGCCGAGUUAAGCUGGCUGGACCUGCAGCUGCUGGAAAUUCUGGAAUAUGUGUGCAUUAGCUGGUUCACCGGGGAGUUUGUCCUCCGCUUCCUAUGUGUGCGGGACAGGUGCCGAUUCCUGAGAAAGGUGCCAAACAUCAUUGACCUCCUUGCCAUCUUGCCCUUCUACAUCACUCUUCUGGUAGAGAGCCUGAGUGGGAGCCAGACUACACAGGAGCUGGAAAACGUGGGGCGCAUCGUCCAGGUUUUAAGGCUGCUCAGGGCUCUGCGCAUGCUCAAACUGGGCAGGCAUUCAACAGGUUUACGGUCACUUGGAAUGACAAUCACCCAGUGUUACGAGGAAGUUGGCCUGCUACUCCUAUUUCUGUCUGUGGGAAUCUCUAUAUUUUCCACUGUGGAGUAUUUCGCUGAGCAGAGCAUCCCUGACACAACCUUCACAAGUGUCCCUUGUGCGUGGUGGUGGGCCACGACUUCCAUGACUACCGUGGGGUAUGGGGAUAUCAGACCAGACACAACCACGGGCAAAAUUGUGGCCUUUGUGUGUAUCUUAUCAGGAAUCCUUGUCUUGGCCUUGCCUAUCGCUAUUAUUAACGACCGCUUCUCUGCCUGCUACUUCACCUUAAAGCUCAAGGAAGCAGCUGUUAGACAGCGCGAGGCUUUGAAGAAGCUUACCAAGAAUAUAGCCACUGACUCAUACAUCAGUGUUAACCUAAGAGAUGUCUAUGCUCGGAGUAUCAUGGAGAUGCUUCGAUUAAAAGGCAGAGAAAGAGCAAGUACUAGGAGCAGUGGAGGAGAUGAUUUCUGGUUUUGAAUUCACUUUCAGUUUAUUUACAAAAAGCGUGUAUAAAACUAACUCUAUUGAUAAAGCCUUGAUAUGGAUGUCUGUA